GUAUUUAAUUGUUUUUUGUAUAAAUCAUGUAUGUUGGAUACCUACUGGAUAAAGAAACCGGCAUGUAUCACCAAGGGCCAGUGAGAAGAUCGAGCAUCAACCUGCCUCCACAGAACUUUGUUUCUACACCACAGUACCCCGAUUUUACCGGAUACCAUCAUGUGCCAAACAUGGAUACGCACGCACAGUCCGCGGGGAGUUGGGGACCUACGUACGGCGCCCCGCGAGAGGACUGGGGCGCGUACAGUCUGGGACCACCUAAUACAAUUCCUACGCCCAUGAACAACUCAUCUCCCGGACAGGUUCCUUACUGCUCCUCCGAGUACAGUCACAUGCAUCCUCCAGGAUCUGCGGUGUUACAGCCGCCGCCGGACAACGUUAACGUCGCACAGCUUUCCCCAGAUAGAGAAAGACGCAAUUCGUCGUACCAGUGGAUGAGUAAAACCGCGCAAUCGUCUUCUACAGGUAAAACAAGAACGAAGGAGAAAUACAGGGUAGUGUACACAGAUCAUCAGAGACUGGAGCUGGAGAAGGAGUUUCAUUUCAACAGAUACAUCACCAUCAGGAGGAAAUCUGAACUGGCUGUCAACCUGGGUCUGUCGGAACGACAGGUGAAAAUCUGGUUCCAGAACCGCAGGGCCAAGGAGAGGAAACUGAUCAAGAAGAAGAUGGGUCAGUCUGACGGCAGCGGAGGGUCCGUGCACAGUGACCCGGGUUCAGUGAGCCCUCUGCCGGUGCCGGGCUCCCUCAGUCCCACAGACAUCCACGGCUCUCUGUACCCUCCUCAGGGAAUGAACACCUUGCCAUCUAUCAGGAAUAUACAGCAGGUGACUGUGACUCAGUAAAACAGUUCACCCUCUGGACCAUGUAACAUAACUGAGCACUCCGACACGCUGACAGGACACUUGAUAGGCAGCCAGAGGAUCUGAACUCUCGUCCUGAAGCACAAAGCUGUGGAUAAACAUUUGAUUUAUAGCAACGAAAUGCUGGAGGCUCUUGAAAUAUUGCUUUUUAUAGAAUAGUUCUAAUAACGUGGGGAUUUUAAAAAAAAAACGAAAAAAUCGACGUGUUCCAAACUUAAAAGCUUUAAAUUGUUUGUGAGUUAAUAAGAUAUAAAUAUCCUUUUUUGUAUGCGAUGACGUGUAUGUGUUUGUGAAUAAAAUGAGAAAUUCAGGGAUCUUUCAAAGGACGUUUUAAACUGGAUUUUAUGUAGCUCAUGUCACACGGGACAAACUUUGACUUGACAAAUCAUUUACACUCGUUUUGCAGCACAUUUGUAUCCGCUUAUUGAAGCAGGGAACAGUAAAGAUACGGAAAUACGGGUAGAGCGGUCGUUUGAUGGCAAC